GAGGACGGCAGGAAGUCAAUGUUAGAUAAAGGGAGUCAUAGGGAGAUAAGGAAAGAGAGCGAGGCUGAGAUUAAAGAUCUGCAGGUGGAAGUCUGUCACCUUUGAACCGCUGGAGGAGGCACGCUGAGGCUGAGAAUUAAGACUCUGACAGAGACCAAGAGGACAGCCAUGUUUUCAGCCAGACCAGAGAUCCAGCCGUAAAAGACAAGAGGCGGUCGCCCCCCUCCAACAGAUCCCCCUCUGCCCCACAACGAAACCCUCACCACAGCGGCUCCACAGAGGAACAGGAGAGCCCCGAGAGAGUGGUGCAGAAGGAGAAACUUCAUGCAGAGCUGAAGCAGGUGUUGAGUCAGAAGAGAAGUCAUCUGAGAGAGUCGACCUGCCAGCUGGCCCAGCCAGAGAUGGACUCAGAGCCCACAGACGAACAGACAUGGGUGGAGGAAGCCACUAAGUCCAUGGAAAUAGUGGUGGAGACGGAGGCAGAAGCUGGAGCCAGCGGCUACAGUGUGACUGGAGGAGGACAGCAAGGGAUCUUUGUUAAAGACGUGCUCAGAGACUCACCAGCUGCUAAACAUCUCAGUCUACAGGAAGGUGACCAGCUGCUGAGUGCCAAGGUCUACUUCGACAAUGUGAAGUAUGAAGAUGCUCUGAAGAUCCUUCAAUGUGCAGAGCCAUAUAAGGUCAGCUUCCAGCUGAAGAGGACCAUCCCUGGAGCAGAGGUCUGUGUGCGGCCUCGAGUUCCCAGCGUUGAGGUCAAAGGUCCCAAGGCCAAGAUGGCCAAAAUGAGUGUGAAGGGCAGCAAGCCGUUCAAGGCCAAGAAGAAGAGAGGUGGUCGUUUUGGUCUGAAGAGGCUGAAGGAGAAGCGCAGAGAGGAGCUUGUGAUAGAGGGAACACCCCCCAGACUGGAGAUGAGUGAUGUAGAUGUGGAGUUUUCUCUCCCCAAAUUCAAACAGAGGAGGAGUGCGAAGGUUGAAGCAGAAGGAGCCGGAGGCACUGCAAUUGUGGGAAAGGCAAAGAGGAGGAUCAGGUUUCCCCACAUAAAAACAAAGGGGUACACUGGAGAGGACACAGGAGGAAAAGUGGUUGAAGGACAACUCGAGGGACAGGUGAAUAUCUCACCACCUGAGAUACCUGAGGCUAAACUGAAAACCAAAGGAAAAGGACACAAGUUUGGAAUCACCUUUCCUAAGACCAAACAUACAAAGUCAGGGUCAGCUUUGGAAACUGGAUCUGUGGAGCUGAAGCCUCCAGGUGUGAACAUCCAGCCACCAUCAGUGGAGUUCAGUUUGUGUGGUGAUAAAAACAUAGACGUGGAGAAGGGAGGCGUUAAGCUUAAUGCACCUGAUGUGGAGUUUGCACUCCCCUCAGGAAAAGCUGAGGCAUCUUUGCCCCAUGGAAAGACAGAAAUCAAAGCUCCUAAACUCAACAUCAAAGCAGGAGCUGAUGCAGAGGCAGCUGUUGAAAAAGGUGACGUAGACGUAGGCAAAGGAGAUGCAAGGUUAAGAAUGCCAAAGUUGAAACUGCCCAAAGUUAGACUUUCUCGUCAUUCUGAUGAGAUAGAUGGCGACAUCAAAGUGAAAGCACCUCCAAAAGUAGAAAUUAAAGGAGCUGAUAAGAUUAGUCUCCCUGAGGCAAAUAUCACCAAACCAAAGAUGGAUGUUGAUCUCUCAGGAAAAGCUGCAUCUAUACAAAAGCCUUCUGUUGAUAUUUCUUUACCAAAAGUGAAGGGAAAGUCUGACAUCAACGUCUCACUCCCAGAGUGCGAAGGAGCUGGAAAGACAGUGAUCAAAAUGUCUGCUGUUGACAUCUCUGUGCCUGAUGUUGAUUUGGAGUUGGACACCAGACACAGAAUUCCUGAUGAGAUAGAGGGCGCUUUUAAAGGGCCAAAAAUCUCCAUGCCAAAGGUCGACAUCUCGUUGCCAAAGAUGGGAUCUUCCAGUGUGGACGUUAAAGGUCCAGAAGGUGGAGGGAAAUUCAGUCUACCUUCUCUUGACAUCACUCUUCCGGAGGGGAAAACAGACAGUGGAGAUGUGGAUAUGGACUACUAUGUUGGUGGAGAUGGGAAGUUCAAAAUGCCUGAGUUUGACAUUUCUCCUCCAAAAAUUAAGCCACAAGUAGGAGAAGUAAAUAUAAAAGGAGAAGGCAUCAAGUUACCCAAAGUAGACCUAACACUUCCCACAGGCAAAGCAGGAACAACUGAAAUUGAAGGAGGUGGAAAAUUUCAGUUACCAUCAUUUGACAUCUCUCUCCCUAAAAUGAAGACAGGUGAGAUGAAGGUUGACAUUGAAGGCCCCGAGGUGAAAGGUGGUAAAUUUGAAAUGCCCACACUCGACAUUUCUCUGCCCAAAGGAAAAAUAGAAGGAGACACUGACGUAGAAGGGUAUGCUGGGAGGGGAGGAACUGUCAAAAUGCCUACCUUUGAUGUUUCUCUACCAAAGUUAAAACAACCAGAGGGUCACAUGAACAUAGAGACACCCAAGCUUGAGGGUGGAGGUGAGAUCCAGAUGCCCUCUCUUGAUAUAUUGAUGCCAAAAGGAAAGAUGGAGAGUAACACUGAAAUAGAGGGUCCAUCUACAAAAGGAGGGAAGUUAAAAAUGCCCUCAUUCGAUGUCAGACUCCCUAAGAUGGAGACAUCUGGGGCUAAGGUUGACUUACAUGGACCUGACAUGAAAGGAGGAAAAAUUGAGAUGCCAUCAGCAGACAUUUCUCUACAAAAAGGUAAAUGCAAGGGUGAAGUUGACUUCAAGGGAGAAGGAAGCACAUUUAAAAUGCCAUCAUACAAUAUAACUCUUCCAAAAAUGAAGUCACCUGAGGGAGAGGUUGUUUUGGAAGGACCUGAAGUAAAGGGCGGAAAGAUCAAGAUGCCUAGUGUCGAUUUCUGUGUUCCCCAAGGAAAUGUUGAGGGAAAUUUGAACAUUGGUGGCAGUGACUUAAAAGGAGACAAAUUCAACAUGCCCUCUUUAGACAUUUCUCUCCCAAACAUGAGGACACCUGAAGGAGACAUGAAGCUAGAAUGCCCCAAACUUCCAAAUGUUGAGUUUUCACUCCCAAAGGCAAACAUAGAGGGCAACAUGGAGCUUGACGGUGGUGGUAGUGGGGCCAAGUUCAAGAAGCCAACUUUUGACAUCUCACUCCCAAAGAUGAAAACCAAGGAGGGACAGCUUGAUAUUGAAGGACCUGAAGUGAAAGGGGAAGCAAAGUUCAGCAUGCCCUCUUUAGAUGUGUCACUACCAAAGAUCAAAUCACAGGGAGGUGACAUCGACAUUGAAGGUCCUGAUUUUAAGGUUAAUACACCAGAGGCAGAUUUAGAUCUAAAGGGAAGUGAGAUAAAAGGAGGGAAAAUAAAGAUGCCUACAUUUGAUGUGUCACUACCAAAGACGAAGAUGCCUGAGGGAAAUAUUGGCCUUCAGGGACCCUCAGUUGCUCUCCCAAAAAUAAAAUCAAAGCGAGGUGAUAUCAACAUUAAGGGGCCAGAAAUUAAAUUGCCAACUAUUGACAUAUCACCCCCCCAAGGAAAAUUAGAGGGGGAAAUCACUGUCGAGCGUGAAGGAAAAGGAGGCGAAUUUGGCCUUCCAUUUGUAGACAUUGACCUCCCUACAGUUAAAUUCCCUGAAGGAGAUGUGAAUUUUCAAGGGCCAAAAGUUAAAGGUUCAAAAUUUGAAAUGCCAAAAGUCGACCUCUCACUUCCUAAAGGAAAAGUACAGGGAGACAUUGAUAUUGACAUUCACUCUGGAAAAGAUGGGAAUAUAGAAAUAUCAUCCUAUGAUAUUGGACUUCCUAAAGGAAAAUUCACAGGCCCUGAACUUAAGGGAGGAAAAAUCAACAUGCCAGACGCUGACUUGUCACUUCCAAAAGGACAGGCUGAUGCUGACAUCAGUAUUGAGGGUCCUGAGAUAAAAGGAGGUAAAUUCAAAAUGCCCAAAUUUGACGUUUCACUUCCAAAGAUGAACCUGCCAGAGGGCAAUGCCAAAGUGGAAGGACCAGAAAUAAAAGGAAAAAUGGAAAUGCAGACAGUUGAUAUUUCACUUCCAAAAGGAAAAAUAAAGGGAGAUGUUGAUAUUCAAGGACCUAAAGUCAAAGCUGACAUGUCACUCCCUAAAAUUAAGUCUCCAGAGGUAGAUAUCAGCCUCAAGGAUACUGAUGUUAAAGGAGGAAAGUUUAACUUGCCAACUGUUGACAUUUCACUACCCAAAGGAAAAAUUAGGGGUGACCUUGAUCUUGAGGGUCCUGAGUUGAAAGGGGGUACACUGGAAAUGCCAAAAUUUGAUGUGUCUUUGCCGCAAGUGAGUCUACCAGAAGGUGAUGUCAAAAUAAAAGGCCCAGAAAUCAAGGGAGGGAAGAUUGAAAUGCCAGACAUUGAUAUCUCACUCCCCAAAGGAAAAGCAAGAGGAGAAUUUAAAACUGAAGGACAUGCUGGUAAAGGAGGAAAGUUCCAUAUGCCCUCUGUUGAUAUCUCUCUUCCUAAAAUGAAAGCUAAGGGACCAGAGAUCAAUAUAAAAGGCCCUGAACUUAAGGGAGGAAGAAUCAACAUGCCAGACAUUGACCUGUCACUCCCCAAAGGAAAGGCUGAUGCUGACCUAAAUACUGAGGGUCCUGAUAUUAAAGGAGGCAAAUUCACAAUGCCCACAUUUGAUGUUUCACUUCCAAAGAUGAACCUGCCAGAGGGCAAUGUAGAAAUGCCAAAAGUAGAUAUUUCACUCCCAAAAGAAAAGGUAAAGGGAGAUUUUAACAUUGAGGGACAUGUGGGUAAGGGAGGCAAGUUUAACAUGCCCUCGGUUGAUAUUUCUCUUCCUAAAAUAAAAGCAAAGGGAACUGAUGUUAAUACUGAAGGACCUGAACUUGGAGGUGACAUUUCACUCCCAAAAGGAAAAGUUGAGGGUGACAUCAAUGUCGAGGGUCCAGAGGUGCAAGGAGGGGAAUUUAAAAUGCCAAAAUUUGAUGUCUCAUUGCCAAAAGUGAAUCUCCCAGAGGGCAAUGUCAAAAUAAAAGGUCCAGACAUCAAGGGAGGAAAAAUUGAUAUGCCAGACAUUGAUAUUUCACUCCCCAAAGGAAAAGCAAAAGGUGAAAUUGCAAUUGAAGGACAUGCUGGCAAAGGAGGCAAGUUUCAUUUGCCCUCUGUUGAUAUAUCUCUUCCUAAAAUAAAAACAAAGGGACCAGAGAUAAAUCUUGAAGGCCCUGAAGUUACAGGAGGAAAACUAAACAUGCCUUCACUUGAUGUUUCUCUUCCCAAAAUAAAAUCUCCAAAUGUAGAUAUCAGCCUUGAGGGUCCUGAUGUUAAAGGAGGACAGGUCAAAAUCCCAGCUGCUGAUGUUUCACUUCCUAAAGGAAAAGUCGAGGGUGACAUAAAUGUUGAAGGCCCUGAGGUGAAAGGAGGCAAAUUCAAAAUGCCCAAAUUUAAUGUUUCACUUCCAAAGAUGAACCUACCAGAAGGCAAUGUGGAAAUGCCAACAGCUGAUAUUUCACUCCCAGAAGGAAAGGUGAAGGGGGAUGUUGACACUGAGGGACGUGUGGGUAAAGGAGGCAGGUUUCACAUGCCCUCGGUUGAUAUUUCUUUUCCUAAAAUUAAAGCAAAAGGAGUUGAUGUUGAUAUUGAAGGACCUGAACUUGAAGGUGACAUUUCACUCCCCAAAGGAAAAGUUGAGGGUGACAUUGAUGUCGAGGGUCCUGAGGUGAAGGGAGGUAAAUUUAAAAUGCCAAAAUUUGAUGUCUCAUUGCCAAGAGUGAAUCUCUCGGAGGGUGAUGUCACAAUAAAAGGCCCAGAUAUCAAGGCAGGGAAAAUUGAAAUGCCAGACAUUGAUACUUCACUCCCUACAGGAAAAGUAGGAGGAGAAAUUGAAAUUGGGGGACAUGCUGACAAGGAAGGCAAGUUCAGUAUGCCAUCUGUUGAUAUCUCUCUUCCUAAAAUGAAAGCUGGGGAACCUGAGAUAAAUCUUGAGGGCCCUGAAGUUACAGGAGGAAAACUAAACAUGCCAUCACUUGAUGUUUCUUUGCCUAAAAUAAAAUCUCCCGACAUAGAUAUCAGCCUCAAGGGCCCUGAUUUCAAAGGAGGAAAGGCCAACAUCCCAACUGUUGAUAUUUCUUUACCAAAAGUGAGUCUCCCAAAGGUUGAUGCCAAUGUGGAAGGACCAGAUAUGAAAGGAAAACUUGAAAUGCCAGCUGUUAAUAUUGCACUUCCAAAAGGAAAAGCAGAUGUGGAUAUUGACAUUGAUGGGUACUGUAGUAAGGAAGGGAAGUUUCACAUGCCCUCACUUGAUAUAUCUCUUCCUAAAAUCAAAGCAAAGGGGGCUGAUGUUGAUAUUCAAGGACCUGAAGUAAAAGGUGACAUGUCACUCCCUAAAAUUAAGUCUCCAGAGGUAGAUAUCAACCUCGAGGGUCCUAACAUUGACAUUUCACUCCCCAAAGGAAAAGCAGGAGAAAUUGAAAUUGAAGGACAUGCUGGCAAAGGAGGAAAGUUCCAUAUGCCCUCUGUUGAUAUCUCUCUUCCUAAAAUGAAAGCUAAGGGACCAGAGGUCAAUAUAAAAGGCCCUGAACUUAAGGGAGGAAGAAUCAACAUGCCAGACAUUGACCUGUCACUCCCCAAAGGAAAGGCUGAUGCUGACCUAAAUACUGAGGGUCCUGAGGUGAAAGGAGGUAAAUUCAAAAUGCCAAAAUUUGACGUUUCACUUCCAAAGAUGAAUCUGCCAGAGGGAAAUGUCAAAGUGGAAGGACCAGAGAUGAAGGGAGGAAAAAUUGCAAUGCCAACCGUUGAUGUUUCAGUGCCAGAGGGAAAAGUGGAGGGAGAUAUCAAUAUUGAAGGACUACCUGGAAAGGGAAGGUUUGCUGUGCCAAAGGUUGACCUAACAGGUAAAAAAGGUGGUCUCCACAUGCCAACUCUUGACAUAGAUCUCCCCAAAUUUGAUCUUGAUCUCAGCCUUCCUACUGGUCUGACAGACAAAAGCCUCAAGAUUGACACCAGUGCUCCUGAAGCAUCAGGGGAUUUGAAGAUGCCUGGUCUUAAAGGAGAUAUUAAUCCAGCCAAGUUGAAAGUUAGGGGUGCAGACAUCGAGACAAGUGGGGUAGAAGGUCCAGGUGCAUCCCUUAAACUUCCCACUGUCAAAUUACCAACAGUUGACAUCUCAGCUCCAAAGGUGGACCUAGACUUUGGCCUUGCCAAACCUAGAGGUGACGAAGUGGAAGUGGAGCUUCUGAAAGCAGAAGGAGGUAGGCCUUCUUCGGGGGGCAGCUUUGAUCUUCCUGAUGUCUCCCUCAAAGUCCCCAGUUUCUCUCUUCCAAGGUUUGGUGGAAAGUCCAAGAGUGGUGAUCUGGCAAUAUCUGGCCCCAAGGGAGAGGUUUCCCUCAGUCCACCACAUGUGGAAGGGGAGAUAAGAGCACCAUCAGUAGAGUUUGAUGGGGAUGGAAAAGUCAAGGUGAAAAAACCUAAACUCAAAAUGCCUUCAUUUGGUAUAUCCAAAAAGCAUGCAGAUGUAUCCGUGUCUUGCCCUGAUGUGGAUGUUAAAGUGAAAAAGGAGAAAAUUGACAUUUCUAAGCCAGAGAUCAAUGUUGAGAGCCAGUAUGACAAAUCAAAAUACAAAGUGAAAUUUCCCAAGUUUAAAAUGUCAUCACCAAAAGGUCACCUCCCAGAAGGAGAGGUUAAUGCUAAACUCGAGGCAGAUGUGGAAGGGCAAGGGGGCUUCCAUGCACCUGAUGUCACUAUCAAACUACCAAGAUUCUCCAUGCCAGGAUUUGGCUCGAAGGAAAAAGAUUUUGUAAAGCCAAGUGGUCAUCUUGAAUCUAAGGCCAAGGUCAAGAUGCCCUCUGUUGAGCUGUCACUACCAGCAGCUAAAACACCAGAGACUGAGGUUCUUCUUCCCAAAGCAGAAGUUGAUGUCUCAGAGGCUGAUAUCAGAGGUUAUGAGGGAAAUCUCAAAAUUCCCAAAAUGCCAACAAUUGAUGUUUCAAUUCCCAAAAUAGACCUGGAUGUGUCCCUGCCAAGUGUAAAGCAUGAUGUAAAGGUUGAUGGACAAGGAGGCAAAUUCAAGAUGCCAGACAUUAAGAUGCCUGACAUUGACUUGUCCCUUCCUACAGGAAAAACAAGUGCAACUAGAGAUGUUGACAUCUCUAUGCCCAAAGGCAAGAUUGAGGGUCCAGAGGUGGAGCUCAAAGGAGAAGGUGGAAAAUUCAAGAUGCCACAUCUCAGCAUGCCCUCUGUUGAUAUUUCACUCCCAAAAGGAAAGACUGAAGGUCCAGAUGUUGAAAUGGAGGGAGGUACAGGAGGAAAAUUCAAAAUGCCUCAUAUGAAAAUGCCAGAUGUUGACAUCUCUCUGCCCAAAGAAAAGAUCGAAUGUCCAGAAGCUGAAAUAGGGGGAAGUAGUGGAGGAAAAUUCAAAAUGCCUCACAUGAAAAUGCCCAACAUUGACCUUUCUCUGCCCAAAAGUAAAGUGGAAGUUCCAGAUGUUGACAUCUCUCUACCAAAGGGAAAGAUUGAGGGUCCAGAGGUGGAGCUCAAAGGAGAAGGUGGAAAAUUCAAGAUGCCACAUCUCAGCAUGCCCUCUGUUGAUAUUUCACUUCCAAAAGGAAAGAUGGAAGGUCCAGAUGUUGAGAUGGAGGGAGGUACAGGAGGAAAAUUCAAAAUGCCUCACAUGAAAAUGCCCAACAUUGACCUUUCUCUGCCCAAAGGUAAGAUGGAAGGUCCAGAUGUUGACAUCUCUCUACCAAAAGGAAAGAUUGAGGGUCCAGAGGUGGAGCUCAAAGGAGAAGGUGGAAAAUUCACGAUGCCACAUCUCAGCAUGCCCUCUGUUGAUAUUUCACUUCCAGAGGGAAAGAUCGAAGGUCCAGAUGUUGACAUCUCUCUGCCCAAAGGAAAGAUUGAGGGUCCAGAGGUGGAGCUCAAAGGAGAAGGUGGAAAAUUCAAGAUGCCACAUCUCAGCAUGCCCUCUGUUGAUAUUUCACUCCCAAAAGGAAAGAUUGAAGGUCCAGAUGUUGAAAUGGAGGGAGGUACAGGAGGAAAAUUCAAAAUGCCUCACAUGAAAAUGCCCAACAUUGACCUUUCUCUGCCCAAAGGUAAGAUGGAAGGUCCAGAUGUUGACAUCUCUCUACCAAAGGGAAAGAUUGAGGGUCCAGAGGUGGAGCUCAAAGGAGAAGGUGGAAAAUUCAAGAUGCCACAUCUCAGCAUGCCCUCUGUUGAUAUUUCACUUCCAAAAGGAAAGAUUGAAGGUCCAGCUGUUGAGAUGGAGGGAGGUAGUGGAGGAAAAUUCAAAAUGCCUCAUAUGAAAAUGCCCAACAUUGACAUCUCUCUGCCCAAAGGUAAGAUGGAAGGUCCAGAUGUUGACAUCUCUCUACCAAAAGGAAAGAUUGAGGGUCCAGAGGUGGAGCUCAAAGGAGAAGGUGGAAAAUUCAAAAUGCCUCACAUGAAAAUGCCCAACAUUGACAUCUCUCUGCCCAAAGGUAAGAUGGAAGGUCCAGAUGUUGACAUCUCUCUACCAAAAGGAAAGAUUGAGGGUCCAGAGGUGGAGCUCAAAGGAGAAAGUGGAAAAUUCAAGAUGCCACAUCUCAGCAUGCCCUCUGUUGAUAUCUCACUUCCAAAAGGAAAGAUGGAAGGUCCAGGUGUUGAAAUAGAGGGUGGUACAGGAGGAAAAUUCAAAAUGCCUCACAUGAAAAUGCCCAACAUUGACAUCUCUCUGCCCAAAGGAAAGAUUGAAGGUCCAGAUGUUGACAUCUCUCUGCCCAAAGGAAAGAUUGAGGGUCCAGAGGUGGAGCUCAAAGGAGAAGGUGGAAAAUUCAAGAUGCCACAUCUCAGCAUGCCCUCUGUUGAUAUCUCACUUCCAAAAGGAAAGAUUGAAGGUCCAGGUGUUGAAAUAGAGGGUGGUACAGGAGGAAAAUUCAAAAUGCCUCACAUGAAAAUGCCCAACAUUGACCUUUCUCUGCCCAAAGGUAAGAUGGAAGGUCCAGAUGUUGACAUCUCUCUGCCCAAAGGGAAGAUCGAAGGUCCAGAAGCUGAAAUAGGGGGAGGAACAGGAGGAAAAUUCAAAAUGCCUCACAUGAAAAUGCCCAACAUUGACAUCUCUCUACCCAAAGGUAAGAUGGAAGGUCCAGAUGUUGACAUCUCUCUGCCCAAAGGAAAGAUUGAGGGUCCAGAAGUGGAGCUCAAAGGAGAAGGUGGAAAAUUCAAGAUGCCACAUCUCAGCAUGCCCUCUGUUGAUAUUUCACUUCCAAAAGGAAAGAUGGAAGGUCCAGAUGUUGAGAUGGAGGGAAGUAGUGGAGAAAAAUUCAAAAUGCCUCACAUCAAAAUGCCAAACAUUGACCUUUCUCUGCCCAAAGGUAAGAUGGAAGGUCCAGAUGUUGACAUCUCUCUACCAAAGGGAAAGAUUGAGGGUCCAGAGGUGGAGCUCAAAGGAGAAGGUGGAAAAUUCAAGAUGCCACAGCUCAGCAUGCCCUCUGUUGAUAUCUCACUUCCAAAAGGAAAGAUUGAAGGUCCAGGUGUUGAAAUAGAGGGUGGUACAGGAGGAAAGUUCAAAAUGCCACACAUGAAAAUGCCAGACAUUGACAUCUCUCUGCCCAAAGGAAAGAUCAAAGGUCCAGAAGCUGAAAUAGGGGGAGGAACAGGAGGAAAAUUCAAAAUGCCUCACAUGAAAAUGCCCAACAUUGACAUCUCUCUGCCCAAAGGUAAGAUGGAAGGUCCAGAUGUUGACAUCUCUCUGCCCAAAGGAAAGAUUGAGGGUCCAGAGGUGGAGCUCAAAGGAGAAGGUGGAAAAUUCAAGAUGCCACAUCUCAGCAUGCCCUCUGUUGAUAUUUCACUUCCAAAAGGAAAGAUGGAAGGUCCAGACGUUGAAAUGGAGGGAGGUGCAGGAGGAAAAUUCAGAAUGCCUCACAUGAAAAUGCCCAACAUUGACCUUUCUCUGCCCAAAGGAAAGAUCGAAGGUCCAGAUGUUGACAUCUCUCUACCUAAAGGUAACAUUGAAGGUCCAGAGGUGGAGCUCAAAGGAGAAGGUGGAAAAUUCAAGAUGCCACAUCUCAGCAUGCCCUCUGUUGAUAUCUCACUUCCAAAAGGAAAGAUGGAAGGUCCAGAUGUUGAGAUGGACAGAAGUAGUGGAGGAAAAUUCAAAAUGCCUCACAUGAAAAUGCCUAACAUUGACAUCUCUCUGCCUAAAGGAAAGAUCGAAGGUCCAGAAGUUGAAAUAGAGGGUGGUACAGGAGGAAAGUUCAAAAUGCCUCACAUGAAAAUGCCUGAUGCUGACAUCUCUCUGCCCAAAGGAAAGAUUGAAGGUCCAGAAGCUGAAAUAGGAGGAGGUACAGGAGGAAAAUUCAAAAUGCCUCACAUGAAAAUGCCCAACAUUGAACUUUCCCUGCCCAAAGGUAAGAUGGAAGGUCCAGAUGUUGACAUCUCUUUACCAAAAGGAAAGAUUGAGGGUCCAGAGGUGGAGCUCAAAGGAGAAGGUGGAAAAUUCAAGAUGCCACAUCUCAGCAUGCCCUCUGUUGAUAUUUCACUUCCAAAAGGAAAGACUGAAGGUCCAGAUGUUGAAAUGGAGGGAAUUAGUGGAGGAAAAUUCAAAAUGCCUCAUGUGAAAAUGCCCAACAUUGACCUUUCUCUGCCCAAAGGUACGAUGGAAGGUCCAGAUGUUGACAUCUCUCUACCCAAAGGAAAAAUUGAAGGUCCAGAAGCUGAAAUAGAGGGAGGCACAGGAGGAAAAUUCAAAAUGCCUCACAUGAAAAUGCCCAACAUUGACCUUUCUCUGCCCAAAGGUAAAGUGGAAGGCCCAGAUGUUGACAUCUCUCUGCCAAAAGGAAAGAUUGAGGGUCCAGAGGUGGAGCUCAAAGGAGAAGGUGGAAAAUUCAAGAUGCCACAUCUCAGCAUGCCCUCUGUUGAUAUUUCACUUCCAAAAGGAAAGAUGGAAGGUCCAGAUGUUGAGGUGGAGGGAAGUAGUGGAGGAAAAUUCAAAAUGCCUCACAUGAAAAUGCCCAACAUUGACAUCUCUCUGCCCAAAGGAAAGAUUGAAGGUCCAGAUGUUGACAUCUCUUUGCCCAAAGGAAAAAUUGAAGGUCCAGAAGCUGAAAUAGAGGGAGGCACAGGAGGAAAAUUCAAAAUGCCUCACAUGAAAAUGCCCAAAAUUGACAUCUCUCUACCGAAAGGAAAGAUUGAGGGUCCAGAGGUGGAGCUCAAAGGCGAAGGUGGAAAAUUUAAGAUGCCACAGCUCAGCAUGCCCUCUGUUGAUAUUUCACUUCCAAAAGGAAAGAUCGAAGGUCCAGAUGUUGAGAUGGAGGGAGGUACAGGAGGAAAAUUCAAAAUGCCUCAUAUGAAAAUGCCAGAUGUUGACAUCUCUCUGCCCAAAGAAAAGAUCGAAUGUCCAGAAGCUGAAAUAGGGGGAAGUAGUGGAGGAAAAUUCAAAAUGCCUCACAUGAAAAUGCCCAACAUUGACCUUUCUCUGCCCAAAAGUAAAGUGGAAGUUCCAGAUGUUGACAUCUCUCUACCAAAGGGAAAGAUUGAGGGUCCAGAGGUGGAGCUCAAAGGAGAAGGUGGAAAAUUCAAGAUGCCACAUCUCAGCAUGCCCUCUGUUGAUAUUUCACUUCCAAAAGGAAAGUUUGAAGGUCCAGACAUUGAGAUGGAGGGAAGUAGUGGAGGAAAAUUCAAAAUGCCUCAUAUGAAAAUGCCCAACAUUGACAUCUCUCUGCCCAAAGGUAAAGUGGAAGGUCCAGAUGUUGACAUCUCUCUACCAAAAGGAAAGAUUGCAGGUCCAGAGGUGGAGCUCAAAGGAGAAGGUGGAAAAUUCACGAUGCCACAUCUCAGCAUGCCCUCUGUUGAUAUUUCACUUCCAGAGGGAAAGAUCGAAGGUCCAGAUGUUGAGAUGGAGGGAAGUAGUGGAGGAAAAUUCAAAAUGCCUCACAUGAAAAUGCCCAACAUUGACCUUUCUCUGCCCAAAGGUAAGAUGGAAGGUCCAGAUGUUGACAUCUCUCUACCAAAGGGAAAGAUUGAGGGUCCAGAGGUGGAGCUCAAAGGAGAAAGUGGAAAAUUCAAGAUGCCACAUCUCAGCAUGCCCUCUGUUGAUAUCUCACUUCCAAAAGGAAAGAUCGAAGGUCCAGAUGUUGAAAUGGAGGGAAGGAGUGGAGGAAAUUUCAAAAUGCCUCACAUGAAAAUGCCCAACAUUGACAUCUCUCUGCCCAAAGGAAAGAUCGAAGGUCCAGAAGUUGAAAUAGAGGGUGGUACAGGAGGAAAGUUCAAAAUGCCUCACAUGAAAAUGCCAGACAUCGACAUCUCUCUGCCCAAAGGAAAGAUCGAAGGUCCAGAAGUUGAAAUAGAGGGUGGUACAGGAGGAAAGUUCAAAAUGCCUCACAUGAAAAUGCCCAACAUCGACAUCUCUCUGCCCAAAGGAAAGAUCGAAGGUCCAGAAGUUGAAAUAGAGGGUGGUACAGGAGGAAAGUUCAAAAUGCCUCACAUGAAAAUGCCAGACAUCGACAUCUCUCUGCCCAAAGGAAAGAUUGAAAGUCCAGAUGUUGACAUCUCUCUAUCAAAAGGAAAGAUUGAAGGUCCAGAGGUGGAGCUCAAAGGAGAGGGUGGAAAAUUCAAAAUGCCUCAAAUGAAAAUGCCAGAUGUUGACAUUUCUCUGCCCAAAGGAAAGAUCGGAGGUCCAGAAGCUGAAAUAGAGGGACGUAGGGGUGGAAAAUUUAAAAUGCCCCACAUGAAAAUGCCAAAUGUUGACAUCUCUCUGCCAAAAGGAAAGAUUGAAGGUCAAGAGGUGGAACUCAAAGGAGAAGGUGGAAAAUUUACGAUGCCACACCUCAGCAUGCCCUCUGUUGAUAUUUCACUGCCCAAACCAAGGUUUGAAGGUCCAGAUGUUGAAAUGGAGGGAGGUACUGAGGGAAAGCUCAAAAUGCCUCAUUGGAAAAUGCCAGAUUUUGACAUCUCUCUGCCUAAAGGAAAACUUGAAGGCCCAGAGGUUGAAAUAGAGGCAGGUUCGGGAGAGAAAUACAAAAUGCCUCAUAUUAAAAUGCCACAUGUUGAUAUAUCUCUACCAGAAGGAAAAUCUGGUAUAAUUGAAGGAGCAGAGUUCGAGAUUGAGGGAAGCAAACCUAAAAUACCACACAUGACAAUGCCCUCAAUAGAUAUUUCACUGCCAAAAGGAAAGAUUGAAGGUCCUGCAGUUGAAAUUAAGGGUGAGGGAGGAAAGUUCAAGAUGCCAAAAGUUGACAUAUCUCUUCCUAAAGGGAAACCUUUAAUUGAAGGUCAAGAGGUAGAGAUUAAGGGAGAUCAGGGCCAGUUCAAGAUGCCUAAUGUGGGCAUAUCUAUCCCUAAAGGAAAAACAAAUACUGACAUACCAGAGAAGAAAGUGGACGCAGAGGGAGGAACCAUCAAGCUGCCACAUAUCAGGAUGCCAAAAGUUGAUAUUUCACUUCCUACAGGUAAAAUCAAAGAUAGUGAAGCCCCUGCUAUAGAGAUGGAAGUCACAGGAGGAAAGUUCAAAGGUCCACAUGUUAAACUUCCAAAGGGGGGUAUAUCAGUGUUGAAGAAUAACUCAGGUGAAGCAGAGAUCAACUUACCAACCGUUGAGGCGGGAGAGAAAAUUAAAGUGCCACAAGAAGAAGCUGAUGUGCAUGUUGAGGGAGAGCGCAAAGGUCCCAAACUCAAGAUGCCAACAAUAGAUAUCAAAAGUCCAAAAGGAGACCUGGAGCUUGAUAUAGGACUUCAUAGAGGAGAUGGCAAGAAGAACAGGCAAAAAGUUGAGCUACCUGACUUGGAUCUCAACACAGCGGGAACCAGCAGCAAAGUAAAGGGGCCUAAAGUCAAAGGAACAAAAUUCAAGAUUGGAAUGCCAAAAAAGAAAACUGGCAUAGAUGUAACAGCAGAAGCAAAAAUAUGCAAAAACUGUGGUGAUGAGGAGUUAGGUGGUCAGGACAAACACAGAUGCAAGGGUAAAGAAAGAUUUGAGUACAAGGUUGAAGUUGAAACCCAUGACAGACAUAGAGAGAACCAAGAUCGUGUUAACAUCCCAGUGUCAGAGGUUACAUUACCAAGUGUUGGUCUUAAAACCAAACAAAGCUCAGCUGAAUUAGGAACAGGGGGUGAGUGUGGCCUCUCCUCAUCUGGAGCAGAAAUCAAAGUCCCGAAGAUUCCAGACAUAGAGUUUGAUAUUGGUACAUCACAGAACGAAGAUGAGGACAGAACUGAAAAAGGCAAGAAAAUCAAAAUUCCUAAGUUUGGUGUCCCGUUACCCUCCAUCUCCUCUCCAGAGGGAAGAGUAGAUAUCUAUGGGCCAGAAAUUCAGUAUGAGGGCCCUAAAAUGCCCAAAGUAAAGAAAGCUGUCUUUGUCUUGGUAAAUCCACCUCAAACAGAUGAGGCCACUGCAUGCACGGGCCUCCCGGAAGAGGAGACAGCAUAUAAGGCUGAAAAAGAGGAUGUCAAAAUGAAGAUGCCCAAAAUCAAAAUGAAGCCAAGUUUUGGGAAGUCCAAAGAUAAAUCAGCUGCUGUAAUCACAGAGAGUGAAUUAGAGGGAGAACAGACAGGAGGGAAGAUGAAAAUGCCCAAAGUGUCAUUUUCUCCUGGCAAAUCAGGGUCAUUUGAUGUCACUCUAAAGGGUGAAGGUUCAAGUUCAAGUCUCAAUGGCGAAAAAGAUGCAAGUCUUCACAAGGGCUCCAAGGAUGAUAAAGGGACAUUCAGCGGCAAAAUCAAGCUUCCAAAGGUGGAGUUAACAUCUCCAUAUGGCAAAAUGGAGGACACAGGGUUGAGUUUGAAACUGGGAAAGGAUUCAUCACCAGGUGAAGCAGAGGGGGACACUAAAGGGUUUAAAAAAUCAGGCAAGAUGGCCGCCACUGGUGUUAGUGAGGAGCUCUCAAAGGAUGUGGUGUCAUCUCAUGCCAGAACAGAUAUGCUGGACAGGGACAGCUCAGAGUCCCCCGCUAGUUUUACCAUGGAGUUCAGUUCUGCAAAGGUCCAGGCUUGGAGAGAGGUCGACAGCCAAAGCAGGGAGUCUGAAGAAAGAGAAUCUUCCUCCUGGUUCAAGGUCCCUAAGUUCUCCCUGAAGCCACACUCCACAGGUUUCCUCCAGAUAACCCCAGAAGGUUCUCCUCAGGCCCAGCGGAAGGGGGAGGUGGGAGGUGAGGUUGACGUCUCGGGGUCUUUCUGCCUCCACACCUCAGGGCUUGACCUCUCUACCCAGGAAAUGUCCGAAGAGCAACAAGUCUCCUCCACCCAGGAGAGAACUGUCACCACGGUGACCAAGACCACCAGAAUUACCCGACACAUAGUAACCACUGAAGCGCGAACAGGUGAAUCUUCGCCAACCACGACAACAACUCACCAGGUGUCUGACUUCAAUUACUGAAGAUGCUGUAAUGAUAUCUUAAAUGUCUUUUAACCUUUUUGUUUUUCUUUGGUGAGGUUGCAGUGUUCUUGUAUGCUAAGCUUGCAACAUGGCAAACCUCAAUUAAGUAAAAGUCUUUAUUUUAUAUUUUAAUAGAUGAGGUAUGAAUGUGAUGCAAAAGAAUGACUUUUUAUCUAUUAGCAUCAUCGUCAUUAUAAAAGCAACAGAGUAAUAUAUGCUUCCCUUUUUUUUCCAUUUUAAAUGUGACUAUUUUUGUUACUGUUAUUUGAGUUUUGUUAGUUUAGUCCUAAUUAUUUAUCAGAUUAUGUUUGGUUUAAAAGUUUUCACUCUGAAUGUAAACAUGUCACAUUACUUUAUUAUUUAUUGUUUGUGUGUUCAAAUUGCAUUGGAAAUGAGUCAUUUAGUCGCAUUAGCAUCAUGGAUUUGACCAUGAUUAGUUCAAAAUAAUACAUUUUGAACCGUUACAGUGCAGGCCAGAGUAAUAUUCAUGUAUAUACAACUAUAUCAUUGCUUUUUUGAAGCAGUAUCCCUUCAAUCCGAAAUGUAGUUAUUUUCAUAUUCACCAGAGUCAGGAGUAGAAAUGAUAUUUUUUGACCUGUGUUUGUCUUGAAGGAAAAGUGUGAGCUUUUUGAGAUUAUAGGUUAUUCUCAUUUUCUGCCAUAGUUUUAUAUUUUAAGCAUUUAGCUGGUGCUGUUACUCAGAGAUAGUCACAGUGAGUGAGCAGGAUACUCUGGACUCUUUUUUUUUUUGCUGUGGGGAUCAAAUCUGUGACCCUCUGGUUACAGGUUGCUCUCAAACAUUUACUGUAGCCCACCCUGCUGCUAAUCUAUUUUAUAUUUGUUUUUACUGUACACUGCCAGAAAAAGACACCACUGUAUAUUCUGUGAUUGGGGCUUUAGCUUCAAGACACAACUCCUGACUGAAUUUUUGAAACUCAGCUGUGAAGUAUGUUGAGUUUCAAAACAUCAGCAGAGUGCUGGGAGGAAAUUUGUGGAUUGAGGGGUAUUGUUGGGUGCUUACAUGAAAUCAGGGAGAGGAGUUUUAAAGGUAAAACAUUUUCUCUUGAAACAUAGCCCUCUAAAAUGUUCAGGCUGCUACAAUGACAGACUGGCUCAGGAGUGGUGAGCCUCAAUAUUGUACAAAAGCCAACACAUAACAAAAUAUGCACUCUGAAAACCGAAGAGAGGAGCUCAAGAACAAGAGGACAAAGGCACCUUCUGAUUAAAAUGUCUUUGAUAAUGUGACAUUCUUGUGUUUAUUGUAUGAAUAUUACUGAUGAUGUUACAAAAUAAUGUUAGAUGCCAAAAUGUCAGAUUGAUAAAAGCAUUUUUAUUAAGUGCCUUUACCCCUUAUUUUUCAAAAAGUGUGUCCUCCAUUUAAAGUAUAAACUGCUUUGAAAUGGAGGGAGAAAAGCCUCUUGCUGUAUUUCAGAUAUUUAUUUUGUUGUCUCUACAUUGAGACAUUUAAGUUUCAUUCCCAAAUGCAGAACCUAUCAUUUGAGAAAAAAACAUUUCUGGUAUUAAAUGAAAACAUAGUUUUUAAAACUACUGAUGGUAUACACUACUCUUAGCCAUUACGAUUACCAUUUCACAGAUUACAAUCAUCUACUUUUUCAAAAUAAUGAGCUACUUUUCAAGUGGAAGUAAAGCAUUUAAGAAUGGAGACUUUUAACUAAACUUGGUUUACUUUACUUGGCUGGUAGACAGAAUGACAACGUGUGAUAAAAUGCAUGAAGGAAUCCUGACAAAUCUUCUCCCACACUUUUUCCAUUAACAACUUUAACACUAUGCCUGUUUUAAAGGAGCGAUAUAGACAAUAGAUUUCUAAAAAGCCGAGAAGAGAUAGUGACACGUUAUGGUAACACACGCUGAGUAGCAUCUAUGUGUAUUGAGAUUUUUACCUUUCUAUUUUAAUCAAGUCUUCGAAUUUCUUUUCGAUUAUAAGGGUUUCAGUGCCAAGUGUUUUUGUCAAAGCUGCAAUGGAGAGAAUGUUGGUUGUUACAUCAAUAAAAUGUUACAUCAAUAAAAUAAUAUUCACACAAAAAUCA